UGCUCGGCCCGUCGACCCUCGUCGGCGUCGUCAUGGCCGCCCGUCGAAGGCGCCGGAAGGCCCGGAGCGCCGCUUAAAUCGGCGUCCGCGGCUCCCCUCGGCCGCCUCUCCUUCCCCCCGCCGCCCCCGAUGCUGACUGAAGAGGAGAGGCUGGAGCCUGGAAUCUUGCCCCUGUGUCUGACGGCCCGAGCUGUGGGCUCUGUGCUGGGAGUGGGAGAGAGGGAGAGGGAGAGGGAGGGGGAGAGAGAAAGGGAGAAGGGCUCGAGGAUAGAUUACUUGCGAGUGAUUGAGUUUGUGGAGAAGGUGACAGAGGGUAUCCCAGACCUUCUCUUCCCUCAACACCGAGCGCGGCUUCUAGUGGGCAUCAAAGUCAAGUUAAUCCUUGACUUGUUAGUUGAAGGAAGGUCGAUGACAACAAUCAUCUCCCAACUUGAUCGUCACUUUCCUCCCAACCUGGAUGAACAGUUUGUGGAUAAGGUUAAUCUUUGUUUCCGUCAACUUAUUCUCCGCCUCUUGAAAGAUCAGCAGUUCAGGAAACACUUCUUACAGAAGCAGAUACAUGAGGAAUAUGGAGCAGAAUUCCUGACAGCGUUACGCAAACUGUACUGGGAAUUUUUGCACCGACUGAAACAGGCCGUGUCUGACUCACAGUUACAGCAGUUUCUGGUAGCUGCUCAGACAAGAACACAGAACAGUGACUUGUCAGACCAAAAUCUUUUACAACAGUAUCUGAGAUUGUUGAAGUCUGACAGUGAACAGCAAGAGGAUCUCCCGCCGUAUUCCCCCCCCCGCUUGCGGAGUCUGGUUCCCGUACUACACAGACAGCCGCCUUCGUCCUCGAGGGACGCCUUCCGGAAAGUGGCGCGGAGGCCGGGACUCCGGCCUCGCUCCCCCCGACAGCGUGUGGGCGAUCAGUCUCCCAGCGACCCCAACAGAGAGACGGAGAGACCAGGAGGCAGCAGGGAAAGAGGCAGUCCUGAAUUAGUCUCAGACUCUGAAGAUGAGCGUGAGAGGCCCACCGUGAGCACCAACGACAGACCAGGAACGAGUGAUCUCUAUCUCAAGACAAAAUACAACACAUAUAUUCCGACACUGAAACAAUACAGAACCUCUUCGAGAAGGAAAUCUUGUGUCUGAGUUGGUGGAAAUCCUUCACAAGGGGGAGUGGAGUCUUGAGUUAAGAUUUUAUUCUUUUUGUUUGUUUCGUAAAUAAUGUUAAAUUUCGACCCAAUAAAUCUGCUGAACUUGA